AUGUACCAACUGGACAACUACUGGUCGCUUCUCGAGUUCGGAAUCACCAUCAAACGGCAUGCUCCGUACUUUUUUGUCACCGUCACCAUGCCUAUGGUAAGUUCAAUUUUUUUAAAUUUUUUAUUUUAUUUAAUUUUGUUAAAAAGAACAGACAAGGUUAGACUUGAAUUUUUAAGGGAUACACGGGCUUUCUAGCAGGCUUUUUUAAGGCUUUUGAGACUCUUUGGUCAAAAAUUAGCAAAAAAUUGAAUUUUUUGAUCAAAAAUUGGCAAAAAAAUAAAAUUUUUUUGCGAUUUUUGGAAUAAAAAAGUCGUGGUAUAUUUCUAAUGGUGAGUAUAGUAUUUCCACAAAAAAAUCAAUUUUUCCCAGCAAAACUCGCAAAGAUAUCGGCAAAAAAUGCCCUUUGUCUGGCCGCUCUCCCCAUUUCUCGUGCUCUCUCCGAAAAAAUAUUGCCUCAUAUCUCGGCUGCCGCUGUAAAUUGAUGGAUGAAAUUUUCUAGGAUUAAUUUGUAAUGUAUACAGAACAUAUAUACUAGAUUUGAAAAAAAAAUUAUCGAAAAAAAUUUUUUAAUUUCUUUUAAAAUUUUACAUUUUUACAUCUAAAAAUGUAAUUUUACAUCCACCACAUCCCCGAAAAAGGAUCUAUUCGGAUUAAUCGGAUAUCAGAUGUAGAUUUACAUCCAUUUCCACCUACACUUUUUUUGAGCCCAAAUCCAGUGCAAAUCCGGUCGAUAAUCCGGAGAAAUUGGAAACAAAAAAUGUAAAAUUACAUUUUCCUUUGUGACAUAAAGAAAGAAAAUUUUUGAGGAAAAAAUUUUUUUUAUACUGCAUCAAUUUUUGGAUUAAAAAUUUUUGGAAAAUCAAAAAAAAUUUUAUUUUGCGACGAGUCAAAUCACGAGUGACAAGACAAUAAGAUUGUUUGCUAAUGACUAAUUAGUGGAUGAAAUUUGAAUACCAAGAAGAUAUGGAAACGUCAAAGGAAAGGGGUGAGGGACGUAAUUGGAUUAAUUUUUAAUAAGAAAUUGUUUGUCAAAAUGGAUAAACAAUUUUGGGAAUGGAAAUCGUCAAUGUUGGCAUACUGUAGCAUCGAUUUAAUAGAAAGUUAAAAAGUUCUACACUAUUUUUGUUCAACGAGAAAAAAAUGGAAAGAAAAAUGAUUUGGCAAAAAUUCACAAGGGUCCCAAGUCUAGACGUGGCUCGCAAGGCCUCUGGAGCCGGGUCCAGCGAGUUGGAAACGAUCCGAGGCCGGGCCUUUCUUCUCUGGCCUCCAACUGGGCCUCGGCAGGGCCCCAAAUCGGCCCUCAAUGGCUGUGCCGAGCGAACUUAAAGGGGGCCGAGGCCGGUCCGAACUAGACAUGGCUCGUCGGCCGGCCCGGGCCGAAAAUCUCGGCCCGGCCCGUCGGCCUGAAGGGUUCCGGCCGGCCCGGCCCGUUUCAAAUUUUCCGUCGGCCCGGCCCGUUUUAAAUUUGCUUCGGCCCGGCUCGGGCCGGCCCGGGCCAUUGAAACGAAAGUCUCCCCAAGUCUAACUCCUUACGACCAAAUUUUUUUGGUCAUAAGGAAUACUGUGUUCCAUAGCUAUCUAAAAACAAAAAGCCCUUUAAAAAACCAAUUGUGUCUUGACAUUUCGUUUAUUUUCGUUAUCAAACCCAAUUUUCGCUUCGAGAUUCUGGAUUUUAAAUAUUUCGGGCCGGGCCGAAACGCCGGCCGGUCGACGGGCCGGAAAUGGUCCGGCCGGCCCGGCCGAUCUGAAAUCGGGCCGACGGGCCGAAAUUUCGGCCCGGCCCACGGCCCGGCCCAGGCCGGCCCGGCCCGGGAGCCAUGUCUAGUCCGAACCCUUCGGGCCCAUGUCUAGUCCGAACCCAAAGCCUGUCGCAAUGCUAAGAUUUCCUUUGAAUUUUACACACAUUUCGGGCACAGACUCCAUAUCAAUUCCUCAAAUUUUUAUCUCGCGCUUUGCAGGGAGAGCCGAGAUAUUCAACGAUCUCAGCGGUCAAGAGGGCAGGCGAAAAACGUGGAGGAAAGAGAAACUUUUUGGCCAAAUCUUUGCCAGUUUCGCAUGGACAAAACUCAUUUUUUUGUGGAAACAAUGAAAAUACAGUAGAAAUAGCUAUGAUAUUAUUUGUCAAGCCAAAAAAAGUAUAGCCAACUUUCGGACAAAAAAAUCUCGGUUCUCGCAUAUAUCUUCGAAGCCAUUAAUCUAACGUAAAUUUUUGACAAGUUUUAUCAGUCUGUCGGGAAAAUAAUGAACCUAAUAUCGUUGCGCCGAUCGCGUCGCUGAAGUGAAAAGCAAUUUGAUUUUGUCGCGAGACAAUUCAUUUUCCCAGCGGUGAUGUGAUUUCCUCUGCGACAGAGUGUUCAUUAUUUUCCCGACAUAUUGAUAUUCAAAUCUGCGCGUCGCAUUUUUUCACUUCCUCUUCCAUUCCAACUUUUCUUUGAAAUCUCUCUAAGCUGAUCUUAUAAUUGAUCCAUCCGGCUUGUCACCAGUCUCAUCCUUCCAUUUCCGACCGUACCCCCACAUCCGUUGAAGCGAAUAAUCUUUGGCGGAUCUUAGAAUCGGGUAAAUCACCGUCUGCAAGGCGAAAAAAUAAUCCAGUCAACAACGAUGAAGCCAUAAAAAAGAAUUAAAAUUACAUCAUACGAACAAGACGGCCGCGAUAAUGCCUGAGGGUCUUAAGAACGGUGAUGACUAAGGAAGAGAGGGUUAAGCUCCAUAGUAAAGUAUAAUUAAUUGAGUAGGAAAUUAGGUGCAAGUUCAGUGAGCAAAAACAGGGAAUAUGUACUUGAAGGAUCGAAGGGUUCGCGUCCCAAAUUUUCGGGUCAAUGACAGUUCGGGGGCAACAGAAAACUGAUCGAUACUGGAGACCAGAGAUUGCCACGGUCAAAAUUUUGGCUCCAGCUCCGGCUCUUAGCUCCCAGAGCCGGAGCCAAGGUCAAACUUGCAGCCCCGGCUCCGGCUCCCAGCUCCCUGCAAAAUUUAAAAAGGUCUUCGGCUCCGAACCCCGGCUCCUAUGCAAAAUUUUUUUUCGAAAAUAAAAGUUAUUAGUGGUCAAACAGCCAACGUUUUUGCAGCCAAGUCGUACGCAACACAUCCUUCCCAGUAUUUUUCAAGCAAAUUGAUUUAACAAGAUCACGAAAUUUUUUACUUUUCUGAACGCUGAGAAGCCUGGCUCCGACUUUGGGCUCAGGAGCCGGAGCCGCACCCAAAAUUUCCGGCUUUGGCUCCCGGCAACCAAGAGCCGGCUCCGGAGCCGUGGCAAUCUCUGGUUGUAAAAAGUGCCUGCGAGAACUGGCAAAGCCGCGGGAUGGUCGGCGAAGACUCGGCGGAGACUUGCAAUAUGUCCAUUUUUACUAAUUUUAGCUACAUACUACUAACGUUAGUUUUCUUUACUCUGAGUUAUUGUAACGUAUAACAGACCAAAAUUUGCGGCAAAAAACAAAGAUCCGUGGCUAUUGUAUAGUUACUAUGAAAAAUUUCGGACGAUUCCGGCCGGGAAUUUUAGAAUUUUCCGAUUCCGAUCCACGAAUUUCAAAAGUUAGGUUUCGGUUUACUUCACUUUAUGAUAGAAAAAAUAAAAAAAAAUUUUAUCUUCUGAUCUUCCGGAGUCCCUCCGCGUACGGCAAGUUAUACGAUGAUACGGAUGUUAUGAUAGAAAAUCUUGAUCAAAGUCUAUUUUUUAAUGCCCGGAGGGCCAAAUUUGAAAUUCGGCCGGUUUAGGCCGCGAUUUUUGGGAUUUUUUUCCAAAUCGACAGUUUAAUAGGCCGAAAUUUCUAACGCGAUUUUUUUAGGAACCCCCCAAAAAAAAGUGUCUCGGAGUACUUUAGCUUAUUGGAUAUCUUUUUAGAUAGAAAAAAUUACCCAAGAAUUUGAGUCAAAGUGCCGAGUCAUACGAUGAUACGGAUGUCCCGGUUCUCCUUAUAUGUUCCAAUUUUUAGCCUUUUGUUUCCGCCAAAAAAAGGAAAUCCAAAUUGCUGGGGGCGAAGAAUUGGGCUACGUUUUGUUCUCCGAAUUUUAUUUUAUUUCUCAAAUGCGCUUUUUUGAUGAUUAUCACUGAUUUCCCAAAAAAAAACUGUCAUGAUGACAAAACUUAAAAAAUAAAAAAAAGGAAGUUCAAAUUGCUUGGGGCAAAGAAUUGGGCCAAGUUUUUGUUCUCAAAAUUCUGAUUAUCACAGAAUUUAAAAAAUAUUUCAUGAUGACAACGCUUAAAGAACGAUUUUUGUCUUUUUUUAAAAUUCAAGCCCUGCGGCAGUGUCUCGAGGAUUAUCGUUGAAGCCGAAAAAAGCGCUUUUACUGAUGUCUGCACAAAUUUUGAAUGUCUUGUUGGGAAUUAAAAUAGAUUUUGGAACUAAUCUGCAAUUGUGGGCUUCAGAUUAGUUCCAAAAUUAAUUUUACUUCCGCAAAAAACACUCAAGAUUUGUGCAGACAUCAGUACAUGUAAGAGCACUUUUUUCGGCUUCAGCGAUAAUCCUCGAGACAUUGCCGCAGGGCUUGAAUUUAAAAAAAAAGACAAAAAUCGUUCUUCAAGUUUUGUCAUCAUGUGUCACGACUUCGCGUGCGAAUUUGCAUAUUCCCACGGAAUGACCGACAAAUUGGUAUAAAAGGAAGAGAAAUCGACAAUUAUGAUGGUAUUAUUUUGUGUUUUGUCUUUUCCCGCUUAUGCGGUUGGUGUCCAAUAAAGUCUACGGUAUUUUCUAUUUGUCUAUUGAUUUGUCUAUGGUCUCUUGUGUUGGUGGAGUCAAGCAUUGUGAGUUCAUUUGUGAAGUUGUUGCCUAGGGCAUAGUUAGUUGUAUUGUCGCUUGUUUGAAUUGUCGUUGUAUUGGCUUGAGAUCUUAGGUAGAACUAGAUUAGGGGCCCUUAUUACUUGACCUAUAUCAAGGUCUUGACACAUGACAUAUUUUUUGAAAUUCUGUGAUAAUCAGAAUUUUGAGGACAAACCUCGGCCCAAUUCUUCGCCCCCAGCAAUUUGAACUUCCUUUUUUGGCGGAAACAAAAGGCUAAAAAUUGGGAAAUAUGAAGAGAACCGGGAAAUUCGUAUCAUCGUAUAACUCGGCACUUUGACUCAAAUUCUUGGGUAAUUUUUUCUAUCUAAAAAGAUAUCCAAUAAGCUCAAGUACUCCGAGACGCGCUUUUUUUGGGAGGUUUCCAAAAAAUCGCGUUCGAAAUUUCGGCCAAUUGAACUGUCGAUUUGGAAAAAAAUCCCAAAAAUCGCGGCCGAAUUUCAAAUUUGGCCCUCCGGGCAUGAAAAAUAGACUAUUCAUCAAGAUUUUUUAUCAUAAAAAAGAAAGUAAGGUCUAACGUAUAGAUUUAUAGCAAAAAAUCCUAACAAGGGAAGUACUCCAAGUGCGACGCUCAGAUUUUCUUUAAAUUUUGCACACACGUCGGGUAUGGACUAAAUAUCAAUUCCUGAAAGGUUUAGCUCGCGCUUUGCGGGCGCCGGCGCGAUAUAGAACAGUUUUUGCCGCCGAGAGGGCACGCUAAACGUGGAGAGCGGUCAGAGAGAAAAGCGCUUUUUGGCCAUAACUUUGGCAGUUUAGAGCGGAAAAAUUCGAUUUUUUGUAGAAACAUUAUCCUUUACGGUAGAAAUAGGCAUGAAACUUUUCGUGCCAAAGUUCGGCAAGAAGUCCUAUAUUUUGGCCGACUUUCGAUCUAAAAAUCUCGGUUGUUUCUGCAAAGCGCGAGGUAGGAUUCUCGCAUAUAUCUUAGAAAAAAAUUAUUCAAAAUUUGUGCCAAGUUUCAUCGAAAUCUGAGCGUCGCACUUGGAGUACCCUGUAAAAAAGAAAAUUUUUUCUAUCAAAAAAUACAGUAAUCCCCAACCUGCCCCUUUAUAACAAAAAUUUCGAAAAAUCGCAGCCGAACUUGCAAACUCCCCCCUCCGGGCAUUAAUUGAAUAUCCGCCAUGAUAUGGCUCUCUAAUCACGGCCCAAAAAAAAGUUUUUGUUUUUCUGUUUCUGCAAAUUGGAUUACUCUGUUCUUUAAACUUGUAAACGCGAAAUUGCAUCAGAAACAGGGACAAUGCCUCCGGCAAAUUGGCGGAACAAGGUCCAAAUUUAAGCCAUUUUCGGGCCACUGGGAAAUUAAUUUUAUUGUUAAAAAACUAGCGAAAUAAAACAAAAAUUAAAAAAAAUAUAACGAAAUAAAACAAAAAAUAAAAAAAACCAAACAAAAUCUCGAUAUUUUUGCGGAGGACGCGACGUAUCGUAUUUUAUGUGCAUACAAACAUAUAAUAGUUAAUUUUAAAUUAGCCUUACUUAUCUGAGAAAGUGCGUAAGCAGCUACCGUAAUUUCGCUAUAAUGGAACCUCCUCAAUAGGACGAAAAUUGACCUCGAGAAAGCCAAAAAAAUAUUGGUCUUAUUGAGGGAGAUGACGAUAUGGAAAUAAAUAUAAUAGCCUGAGGCAAAAUAGAAGAUAAAAAAAGGAAAAAUAUUGAAAAAAUAGAGGAAAAAUAGAUAAAAAUGCCGGGAUUUUUUAACAAAAAAAAUAUAAAAAAAUCACAGGAGAAGUGAAAAAAAACACCACCCAGACGAGCUUAUGGGCUUUCGAAUUUUUUCCACUUUCCCUGAGAUUAUGAUGAAACCUGGUCCGAGUUUAGAUGUAUUUUUUAAAGGUCCAGAGACGGACCUGAUCCAAUGGCAAAAAAUGCGCCAUUCUGCAUCCGGGAAGUAUCAAAAAAUGUGGCAAAAUGCUUCCCUCUCCACGUGAAAAACACUCCGUUUUGAAGGGCGCCUUCAAAUUUCUCUCACAAGAAGAGCAGGAGCGCUUUUGAUAUCGGAGCUUUUUCACUUGGAGAAGGAGGCAUUUUGCCACAUUUUUUGAUACUUCCCGGAUACAAAAUGGCACAUUUUUUGCCUCUGGAUCAGGUCCUUCACUGUAUCUACGAAAUUUGAAGAAGAUCAAAUUUUGUAUUAAUAGAUACAUCACAUCUCAUGCCAUUUUCGACUCCUAUUAAUGUGUCUAAUUAGUACUAUAUCACUCUUUGCUUCCCUUCACUUCCUAUGACAUCAUGUUUAAAAGCUCACGUACAUCCACCCUCAUUUAGUUCCAGUGUUAGAACUGACUUUUAAUCCUCCGAAAACAUCACCCAGACGGGCUUAACUUUGCCAUUACUAUACACUAUGAUAAAAUCUUUGAUAAUAGUCGCAAAGACAAAAGAUAAUCUUGUUUUGUCCAUGAUCUUUCAUACAGUAGUCAUUUCCUAUUGUUUUUUUAUUUAUUGCGUGUGAGUUUUAAUGCCAAGAUGGUGUCCAUGAACGAGGAACUUUUUUGGGAUGAUUUGAAAUUCAAAGAAAAUUUUUGAAUUUACACGGAAUGUACUCCAAAUGCGGCGGUCAGAUUAUGAUUGACUGAAAUUCAGAAUAAUUUUUUCCAGGACAUAUGAGCGAUUUCUAGCCUACGCUUUGCAGAAAUGACGAUCAAAAGUUGGCAAAAAAUACAAUGGGAGACCUGGUCCAGUGGCAAAAAACGUACCAUUUUGCAUCCGGGAAGUAUCAAAAAUGUGGCAGAAUACGUCCCUUUUCAAGUGAAAAAACUCCGAUUUCAAAAGCGCACCCGCUCUUUUUGUGAGGGACCCCUUCAAAACCGAGUUUUUUAGUUGAAGAGGGAGGUAUUUUGCCACAUUUUUGAUACAUCCCGGAUACAAAAUGGCACGUUUUUUGCCACUGGAUCAGGUCUUUUUUCCUCCGAAACCCGUCUGAACGCUUUAUCUGCAUAAAAAUCCGGCGGAUUCGAUUAUAAAAACAUAAAAAAGGAGUUCCCGGUGAGUCAAAGAUGAGAAAUUCGAACGCUUCGGCAAGUUACAAUGGCGGACCUGAUCCAGUGGCAAAAAACGUACCAUUUUGUAUCCGACGGGUAUCAAAAAAUGUAGCAAAAUACCUCCCUCUCCAAGUGAAGAAACUCCGUUUUCAAAAGCGCUUUUCAAACCGGAGUUUUUUACUUGGAGAGGGAAGCAUUUUGCCACAUUUUUGAUACUUCCCGGGUGCAAAAUGGUACAUGUUUAGCCACUGAAUCAGGUCCUCUACUACAGUCAUCGGGCUAGAUUCUUACCUCACAGUUGAUUCAGCUUCGGGCCAGCUCGAUAGCCUUUUUUUUGGCUGUAGCUCAAUUGACUUUUUUUGCGCAGUGCAAAGGCCAAAAACCACGCCAGCGACAUUACGAACGGACUAUAUAGUAUUGUCUUUUCUAAAUCCUAUAUUCGCAGAAGUGUUUUGUUUUCCCCCUGUAUAUACGGUGUAUAUAUUCCUUGUAUUGGUUGUAAAUAUUCCUGCGACUAACACCGUCUUAGCCAAAUCCCUGAACCGGUUAUAACGAUGAGACAGCUCGUCGGGGGGAAGGCGGCUAAUCUCCCUGAAGCAACUUAUGAAAUAAUUAUUUAAAAGCAUUUGACGCAACCGCUGUAAUUAGUCAUGCCCUCCAUAACUAAUUGGGAGGGUAAACAUUGUAAUUGGAAAAUUGGUGAUAAACAAAAGCCAAGGAUUAAAAUAGAACUUCCAAACAUAUAACAACAGGAUGUCUGGAGAAUUACAUAAUAAUUUUAGUCUGUCGGGAAAAUAAUGUGGAUUUGUCGCAGCAAAAUUUCUCGCCUCCUCGAGGUCGUGCAUGAAAUCUCCGCGACUAGCCGUCGCAAAGCCAUGAUAGGCGAUUCCAAGGCGUGAGAAAUCCACAUUACUCUCCCUACAGACUGAUAACAUAUGGGAGCAAAAUCUCGAGCAUUGUUAGUAAAACGUGUCUUUUAUAGUGAAUUGGCGAACUUAUGCAAAUUUGGGGCUUAGCGCCAACAGUUAGGAAAAAUUAAGUUUCUAUAAAAGAUUUUAUAUUGAUUUAGACAUCAGAAGGUGGCUUAAAGAAAUACUGAUUUCACUAAAGAAUAACGUUAACGGAAGCUCUGGAUUUUACACCUAUAGAAAGUGCAUAAAGAGAUUUGAGAGUGUCUCGGGGAAAUAAUGUGGAUUUUGAGCAGAAAAAUGUCGCAUCUGCUCGCGGUCGCAUAUGAAAUCUCCAGGCUAGAUGAAGGGCGAUUUCAACGCGCCUUGAAUUCACAUUAUUUUCCCGACAAACUCAUAUCGCGUCAAGCACAAACUACUUAUCGCGAAGUGUCAAAAAUUGAUCGAUUUACAGGUAGAACUAUCUGUAUCUAUCAAAAAAAAAAGAAGUAAAACAAAUGUCGGCUAAUAUUACGAUAUUCACCGUUCGCAAAGUCGCUAGAGUGAUUUUGGCGACAUAUAAAAAAACCAAAGUUCACAUUGGACAGUGCAAACAGAGCUUCAUUUUUCACAUGCAAUGGGCUUUUUUGAUCCUUUGCUCUCACUCAAAGCGGCCAUAGAUCAAGCCCACAAUACGAGCAGCAAUAAACUAUAAAAUUUUCGAAUAUAUGUAUAAGUGAAGUCAUUGUUUACACAGCGCUUAUGAAGGUUGCGAUAUUAAAACAUGGCAAUUUCUUUUUCAUUCCCUGCGCCUAAAACAACAAAAAUGCGUCUACAAGAAAAAAAAGUAGACUACAUCAAAAUAUCACAAUAAAAGCGAGCUGUCUUGUUUGUAUUUUUUCGAUAAAUUUGUUACUGUGCGACUGCGGUGAGGCGAGAAUUUUUUCUACGACAAAUCCACAUUAUUUUCCCAACAGACCGAAACUGGAGAGGAGACGGUGAAAGGAAAAAUUUGCAACUUCAGCCGAGUAUUUAACAAUCCUUGCGAGAGAGCGCGGAAAAUGAGGAGAGCGGUCAGAAAAAAUCUUUAUCCACCAAAUCAGCAUAUCAGUCUGUCGGGAAAAUAAUGAGCAUAAUGUCGCUGCGGCGACCUAAUCGCUGAAGUGAAAAAGCAAUUUUAUUUUGCCGCGACACAAUUCAUGUUCCCGCGGCGAUGCGAUUUUUGUUUCAACAAAAUGCUCAUUACUUUCCCGACAAGGUGAUAUUAACAUUUCUACCACAGUGGCUGAUGUUUGCACAAAAAUUUUUUUUAACCGGCAAAGACUUCACUUAUUAUGUAUAUAGUUGGCACUUUACUUUUACGGUCGCUUUGUCCAGCCCACUUGCUAUUAUUUUCGCACGCCGGGUCUUUGAACUCUAUAUUUCUACACAGUCUGGAAUACUCGAUUAUCCUUUUGGGUAUUAAACAAUAAGUGGUGCGGGAAAAACGAAGCCGAAAAUAAUCAGACUCAUUAAUUUCGAGGCUGUUUUCACCGUUACCUCUUGCACUUUUGACAGCUUUUACGAAUGCUGACAAGUGUGCAAGAAAAGUGAGGGUGCGAGCGACACCCGAAAACCCCACAAACAGUGGCCUGAUCUAGCGACAAAAAACGUACCAUUUUGCAUCCGGGAGGUAUCAAAAAUGUGGCCAAAUACCUCCCUCUCCAAAUUAUUACAGGGGAAGUACCGCAAGUGCGACGCAUAGAUUUUGAUGAAACUUGACACAAAUUUACAAUAAUUUGACAUACAUAGUGGCGGACCUGAUCCAGUGGCAAAAAACCUACCAUUUGCAUCUGGGAAGUUUCAAAAGAUGUGGAGGUUUUCUGAGCUGGAGAGGGAGGCAUAUUGCUACAUUUUUUGAUACUUUCCGGAUGCGAAAUGGUAUGUUUUUUGCCACUGGAUCAGGUCCGUCACUGCAAAAAGAUUACUCUAAAUUUGUGCAGAGUUUCAUCAUAAUCUGAGCGCCGAAUUUGGAAUACAUUCCGUGGAAAUUCAAAAAUUUUCUUUGAAUUUCAAAUCAUCCCAAAAAAGUUACUCAUUCAUGGACACCAUCUUGGCAUUAAAACUCACACGCAAUAAAUAAAAAAAACAAUAGGAAGUGACCACUGUAUGAAAGAGCAUCGACAAAACAAGAUUAUCUUUUGUCUUUGCGACUAUUAUCAAAGAUUUUAUCAUAGUGUAAUAGUAAUGGCAAAGCUAAGCCGUCUGGGCGAUGUUUUCGGAGGAUUAAAAGUCAGUGCUAACACUGGAACUAAAUGAGGGUGGAUGUACGUGAGCUUUUAAACAUGAUGUCAUAGGAAGCGAAGGGAAGCAAAGAGUGAUAUAGUACUAAUUAGACACAUUAAUAGGAGUCGAAAAUGGCGUGAGAUGUAAUGUAUCUACAAAAUUUGAUCUUCUUCAAAUUUCGUAGGUACAGUGACGACUUGAUCCAGAGGAAAAAAAUGUGCCAUUUUGCAUCCGGGAAGUAUCCAAAAAUGUGGCAAAAUACCUCCCUCUCCAGGUGAAAAACACUCCGAUUUCUAAAGGGUGCCCGCUCUUUUUUUGAGGGACCCUUCAAAACGGAGUGUUUUUCGCGUGGAGAGGGAGGCAUUUUGCUACAUUUUUUGAUACUUCCCGGAUGCAGAAUGGUACAUUUUUUGCCACUGGAUCAGGUCCGUCUCAGGACCUCUAAAAAACAAAAAAAAAUGAAAAAAAUCAGAGGAGAGGUGGACAAAACAUCACCCAGACAAGCUUACGGGCUUACGAAGUUUUUCCACUUUCCCUGAGAUUAUGAUGAAACCUGGUCCGAGUUUAGAUGUAUUUUUUAAAGGUCCAGAGACGGACCUGAUCCAAUGGCAAAAAAUGUACCAUUCUGCAUCCGGGAAGUAUCAAAAAAUGUGGCAAAAUGCCUCCCUCUCCACGUGAAAAACACUCCGUUUUGAAGGGUCCGUCACAAAAAGAGCGGGUGCGCUUUUGAGAUUUUUGCAUCCGGGAAGCAUCAAAAAUGUGGCAAAAUGUCUCCUUCUCCAAAUGAAAAAGCUCCGUUUUGAAGGGCGCCUUCAAAUUUCUCUCACAAGAAGAGCGAGAGCGCUUUUGAAAAAACGGAGUUUCUUCACUUGGAGAGGGAGGCAUUUUGCCACAUUUUUGACACUUCCCGGAUCCAAAAUGGUACUAUUUUUGCCACUGGAUCAGAUCUGUCACUAUAUCAGUCUGUCGGAAAAAUAAUGUGCAAUUUUCGAUCCGACAGAAUGCUCAUUAUUUUCCCGACAGACUGAAUACCGCUAUAUUAAUCUCUGCUCGAUUACAACGCGUUUUGCGUGUCGUUCCUCCGGAAAUCAGUUUAUAAAUUAAAAUCAAUUAAAUUCCAAAGUUUUUGCUGUAAAAUUACAAUUUUAACACGCGGUUUAGAUUACAUUUUACGCAAUAUCGACGUAGAAUACAUAGGUUUGAGCACGUUUUUCACGCAAAGAUUUUACGAAAUUGAGAUUUUUUCGCAAAAAAAUUUUUUUUUAAUUUCAAAAUUUUUUAAAACCAAAAAAUUUCGUGACAAAAAAAUUGAGUUCCAAGAAGAGCACAAUGUCAUUUCGCAAUCGGCAUUCGACAUUUCGGGUGUCAUUUCGUGUCGGAACGUAGAAUUUUUUAUCCGCUCACAUGUCUGCGUGUGUCAAACAACAAAAACUGAAAUUUUAAUUCGAAUACAACAAGAAAUCGGUAGAAAAAUGAGUAAACAAAUUGAGAAAACACUGUCAGGAGAUUGUGUUACCAUUAAAUUCACCAACUUGACUAUCAAAGAGCAGAAUUUUUAAGGUUUGACAAGAGAGUAGGCAAAAUCCGGAGAGCGGGCAGAGAAAAACCCCUUUUCUGGCCUUUCUCUGCCAAUUUCAGGUCCAAAAAGAGGAGUUUUAUGGGGGAAAAGUUGUACAUGUUAGUGGAAAUAGAGCUAUGAGAUUGCCGACCGAGAUUUUGAGGUCGAAAAGUGGGAAAAAUGUCACUCUUUUUUGCAAAUUUUAACAUGGAAAUUUUCGGUUGAGCCUGAGCUCUCCCCCUUUUCUGAACUCUCCCCUUUUUCAACUCUGCCCCAAAAAUGCGGAACUCUCCCCCUUUUUUGAUUUUCACCAAAAAAUCUGAACUCUCCACUUUUUUGAACACUCCCCCAUUUUGAAAACAGGAAAAACGAGGUGUGACAUGUUAUACGAUGAAAUUUUUUUUCAAAUUGAGAAAAAUGAGGUGUGACAUGUUAUACGAUUAAAAUUUUUAGUCAAAUUGAAAAAAAUGAAGUUUGACAUGUUAUACGAUGAAAAGUUUUUUUCAAAUUAAAAAAAAAUGAAGUUUGACAUGUUAUACGAUGGAUUUUUUUCAAAUUAAGAAUGUCACACCUCAUUUUUCUCAAUUUGAAAAAAAAAUCCAUCGUAUAACAUGUCACACCUCAUUUUUAUCAAUUUGAAAGAAAUUUAUAUCGUAUGACAUGUCACAUCUCAUUUUUCUCAAUUUAAAAAAAAUUUCCAUCGUAUAACAUGUCACACCCCAUUUUUUCAAUUUUCAAAAUGAGGGGAAGUGUUCAAAAAGGGGAGGGUUCAUUCAAGAGGGAGUGUUCAAAAAGGGGGAGAGUUCAGAAAAAAGGGAGAGUUGUGCCGCAACGGAAAUUUUCAUGCCUAUUUCUACCGUAGAGAGUAAUGUUUCCACAAAAAAUCAAUUUUUUCUCCACGAAACUGGCAAAGAUACGGUCAAAAAAUGUCUUUCUUUCUGGCCGCUCUCCUCGUUUUGCGUACUCGGCCGUAAAGAUCGUUGAAUAUCUCGGCUGUCGCUGCCAAUUGCGAGCUAAUAUUUUCAGGAAUUGAUGUGAUAUCUACUUCCAAAGUGUGUCCAAAAUUUGAAGAAAAUCUGUACGUCGCGCUUCAAGCUAUCCAACAUUUUUUGACACUUUAUUCCUCGGUUCAUGCUGAUUUAAAAUUCGCUUCUAAAGAAUUCCGUCUCCAAAAGUAACUCGGUCUUAUGGUAGUCAACAAAAGACUGCUGAAAAUACCCGCUUAGGCGUUGAAAUGAAUGUUUUAUAAGGUAUUAAUUAUUCGAAUAGACGGCGAAAAGCGGGCUCCAGUCGAAUGUUGACAAUCAAAAUGUGACUGGCGCAUGAUAAAAAAAAUAGAGUUCCUGGUAAAUUUGUAAUGUUUUGAGAAGAGGAAAAACAUUGAUUUCAAAAUGUAAAAUACGGAACAAAAAAGUAGAAAAAAAAAAUUUUUAGGGUUUGAUGAUAUUACAAGUUAAGUAUAAUACCUUCAAGUAAGAAGCUCAGAUUUGCCUUAAAUUUUGCACAUACGUUGGACAUAGGCCACGUGUCAAUUCUUGAAAAUUUCAGGUUGCGAUUUGCAGGGAGCGCCGAGAUAUUUGAACGAUCUUUGCGGCCGAGAGAGUACGGAAAACAAGGGGAGCGGUCAGAGAGAAAGAAACUUUUUGGCCGUAUCUUUGCCAGUGUUGCUCAAAAAAAAUUGAUUUUUUGUGGAAACAUUACCCUCUACAGUGGAAAUAUUCUUGAAAUAGUGUCACAUUUUUUCCAACUUUCGAUCUAAAAAUGUCGGCGGUUUCUGCAAAACGCGAGCUGGGAGGCUAGAAUAUAUUUUCUUGCUAGAAAAACUAUUCCAAAUGUGUGCCAAGUUUGCCUGUCAGCUGGGGAUUUUCAACGCAAAAUCUAAAAUUUUCAGAAAUUGGUCUAAAUGGGGACUUGAUCCAGUGGCAAAAAACGUGCCAUUUUGCAUCCGGGAAGUAUCAAAAAUGUGGCAAAAUGCUUCCCUCUCCAAGUGAAAAAACUCCGGUUUCAAAAGCGGCCCGCUCUUUUUGUGAGGGAGCCCUUCAAAACGAUGUUUUUUCACUUGGAGAGGGAAGCAUUUUGCCACAUUUUUGAUGCUUCCCGUAUGCAAAAUGGUACGCUUUUUGCCACUGGAUCAGGUCCGUCACUGUAGUACAAGUUAUACCCAUAAUUUGAAGCUCUCUUCGCCAAUUUCUUAUGCUAAGAAUUUCUCGAGCAGCCCUUUCGAUCUCUUGAUCCGGAAUUUGUAAUGAAAGCCCCAAUUAACUUUUUCUUCUCUCCACUUUUAUCCAAACAUUUCGCACGUAAACGCACAAACGGAUGCUCAUGGGAAAUUCAGCCCUCCUCACAGUAAAUUGCCCAAAAACGGAAGCGUAAAACACAGAAAAUUGCCGGAAAUUUUGGAGCAAAAGUCAAUUAGCUAUUAUCGGGAGAAUAAAUCUUCUGUUAACACUCCAGGAAAAUAAAAACAGGGGUGUAAAAAGACGUACUUUACAAUAACAAUCUGUGCACAGAUAUCUGUGUAGAUCAACGUAAAAAUUUUCAGCUGACCUCGGUGUUCCUUUCGCUAGUCGUUUUCUGGAUCGAAGACCUCUCCCAGGCGGCGUUGAUCUCGCUCUUCUCCCUCUUCAUCCACUGCUUUGCGGGAUGGUCGAUGGUCAAGCAGAUCCCGCCUGGAAAUGGGACCAUGCCCGAUAUUUGUAAGUUUUUGGACCUCUGUUCAACAAAUCUUCGCUACGACUUUUCGAGGAUACUUGAUGGGUUGAGCCUGAACUCUCCCCCAAUCUGAACUCUCCCCCUUUUUCAACUCGCCCCCAAAAAAGGCGGAACUCUCCCCCUUUUUUGAUUUUCACCAAAAAAUCUGAACUCUCACCUUUUUUGAACACUCCCUCAUUUUGAAAAAUGAAAAAAACGAGGUGUAAUAUGUUAUACGACAAAAAAUUUUUUCAAAUUGAGAAAACGAGGUGUGACAUGUUAUACGAUGAAAAUUUUUUUCAAAUUGAGAAAAAAGAGGUGUGACAUGUUAUACGAUGAAAUUUUUAAAUUGAGAAAAAUGGGAUGUAACAUGUUGUAUGACGAAAAUUUUUUUCAAAUUGAAAAAAUGAGGUGUGACAUGUUAUACGAUGAAAAUUUUUUACAAUUUGAAAAAAAUAGGUGUGACAUGUUAUACGAUGAAAAUUUUUUUUCAAAUUGAAAAAAAUAGGUGUGACAUGUUAUACGGUGAAAAUUUUUUUUCAAUUUGAAAAAACGAGGUGUGACGUCUUAUACGAUGCAAAUUUUUUUCAAAUUAAGAUGUCACACCUAAUUUUUUUCAAUUUGAAAAAAGUUUCCAUUGCACAAGAUGUCACACCUCAUUUUUUCAAUUUUCAAAGUGAGGGGGAGUGUUCAAAAAGGAGGAGAGUUCAGAUUGGGGGAGAAUUCAGAAAAGGCGGAGAGUUCUGCCGCAACGUACUUGAUGCUGCAUUAGGGCAGUUUAUCACGUAUUUUGGGGUAUUUUACGUGUAUUACAGCAAUAAUAUCAAGGCAAACCUACGGAUAUUUGCUUUUUGGAACAAUGUUUUUCAUCAAUCUAUUAAAUUUGGAUAAAAACAUCAAAAAACAAAAACGAUAUGUUAACCAAGCGAUAUGGGCAUGAAAAUAAACCACCUAGGGCAGAAAAGCACGGGGAAUUUUUAGGUGAAGAAAUUAUUUGGCUACACUUGACGGUUUUCGCGGCAGGACCCAUGGAAAAAUUUUUCUAUUCUUUUGGGACACCCUGUAAUUUCCAUUUAUUUUUCAGUAGUAUUCUACGCAGUGAUGUUCUUCUGGAACGCGUUUGUCUUCUUCUUCCACGCAACGCUCUCGUAUCUACAAGAAGUGCUUCCCGAAGACAUUGAAUUCCCGUUUAAGGUGACCAACUGGAGCGAAUAUUUGAGGCAAUGGAAGGCCUUCAAUGCCGAGGGAUUUUCUUUCGAUCCGCAAACGUAAGAAAUCCAUUUUUCUAAAUACGAAAUGCUCAAGAUACGAAGCUCGGAUUUUCUUCAAAUUUUGCACAUACAUUGGGUAUAGGUCAUAUAUCAAGUCCUGAAAAUUUUAGCUCGCGUUUUGCAGGCACAGCCGAGAUAUUGAACGAUUUUUCUCGACGAGAGAGUACAGAAAAUGAGGAGGGUGGUCAGAGAAAAAUCUUUUUUUUGGUCGUAUCUUUGCCAGUUGCUCGCAAAAAAAAUAUUUUUUUGUGGAAGCAUUACACUCUGUGAUAGAAAUAAGCAUGAAUAAUUUUUUCAUAACAAAAUCCGCAAAAAAAUAUUAAAUUUUUACGAGAGAGUAUGGGAAAUGAGGAGAACGGUCAGAGAAAAAUCUUUUUUUGGCCGUAUCUUUGCCAGUUGCGAGCAAAAAAAUUGGUUUUAUGUGAGAAAAAUUUGUCAUACAUUUGCAUCAGAAUGCCAAUUUGUCAUUUUGAAAAUUUCAAAAAAAAAUUCGGGAUUUUUAAAAAUUUUUUUUUUUUUUUUUUUUUUGAAAUCUCGAUUAUUUCUGCAAAAAGGGAACUAAAAAUUUUGUAAAUGUCUUAGAAAAUUCUUAUUUAAAUUUGCAUAAACAAAAAAAAUUAAAAAAAAAUUUUUUUUUUGAUUUUUGAUAUUAAUUUCAGAUUCCUUCUGUACGGCGAAAAUUCACAACGUUCCGAGAGCAUCACAACCGAAAACUUGGUGGAAAACGAAGUCCUGAACCCCAACGGAAUCGAGAAUGCGUUGUUCGAGAUGGACCCCAUCGAUCAGCCGGCCCCAACCAGCUCCUCGAACUCCACGCCCACCUACAGUUUGGCCGAGACAGAAUCGGUGGACAACCGCGCCUCCUACAUCGACAUCCCCGGAGGCAGUGUGUCGCAGGCGAGUGAGGGGAAGAGGUCGAAAGGCCACCUGGAAGAGGAGCUGUACACGCUGCGGCGAGCGGUUUUCUUUGUUUUUGCCAUUUUCGCCCUGAUCAUGGCCCUGAUUUUCCUAAUUUAA